AUAACUAUGUUGUGACGCGGUCGGUCGUAUGCCUAUCUAUUUCCUGGAUCUUACAAUUCAAGCUAGGAAGUGAUUACUCCAGUGCAGUCCAUCUCAAAGAGAGAUGCAUCUGCUGCCUUGUAAGUUGUAAGCAUAUAUACAUGACAUCUGUAGAUCACAGCACAGAGUAGCAGGAAUGGAGAUGUGGGAAGCCAUGGAGAGGGAGAACCAUGUCGAGGAGCGCGGCCUCGUCCCCCUCAGCGGCGGCGACGUGCAGGUGCAGGAUGAGCGCGGCGGCGCUAAAGCGGACGGCUCGGUGCGCAGGGACCAAUCAUGCCGGUACGCUAGCAGUGACGGCAUCCCAAGUGAUCUGCUGGCCAAGGUGGGUGGCGUCAACUUCCACCUCCACAAGCACCCCAUGGUCUCCCGCAGCGCCCGCCUGGGCCGGCUCAUCGACGAGGCAUCAGCGCUGCCGCACGGCCCCGACGACGCCACCGUGGUGGAGGUGGAGCUCCCCGACCUGCCGGGCGGCCACGGCGCAUUCGAGCUGGCCGCCAAGUUCUGCUACGGCGUGGUGGUCGACAUCACGGCCGCCAACGUCGCCGCCCUGCGCUGCGCCGCCGAGUACCUGGAGAUGACGGAGAAGCUGGAGGAGGGCAACCUCGCCGCCCGCGCGGAGGCGUUCCUGAGCUGCGUGGUGGCGUCCUCGUGGCGGGACUCGGUGGCCGUGCUCCGGAGCUGCGAGGGCCUCUUGCCGUGGGCCGAGGACCUGCAGCUUGUGCGCCGCUGCAGCGAGUCCGUCGCGGCCAAGGCGUGCACCAACCCGAGGGCCGUGCGCUGGGGUUACGCUGGCAGGACGUCGCCCGCCAAGGCGACGGCGAGGGCCGGCGCCGGCACAUCGAGCGACAAGGGCCAACACCAGCCCGUUUCGCCGCCGGCAGACUGGUGGGUGGACGACAUCUGCGUGCUGAGGAUCGAUCACUUCGUGCGGGUCAUCACCGCCGUCCAGGCGAAGGGCAUGCGCGGCGACCUCAUCGGCGCCGCCAUCACGCGAUACUCCUCCAAAUGGCUCUCGGCAGGUCUCAGCAAGGAGAGCGCCGGGCUGCGUGGCGGCGAGCCGUGGCAGCAGGCUGGCGUGCUCCAAAUGGUCAUUGCCAUCGCCGGCGAGGGCGACACGCAGCCGGAGACGGCAGCUGGUGAGCAGAGGAGGGUCGUGGAGAGCCUGAUCAGCAUCAUCCCCCUGUUGGGAAUAAACCACGCCUUGGGUGUGCCCAUGGCGUGGCGAUCUAGAGUGUGCCUGGAGUCCAUUGGAGCGUGA